AAGUAAUCUCAAACAAGCCAACACUCUACGUAUGAGACACGGCCUCUGUUCCAUCUGUCGCAAAUUGAUGACGUGCUGCCAUCAUGGAGAAAACCCCUGUGUCGGCACGUUCAAUCUACAAAACGGUAUUACAACAAACUACUCAGCCAAUUGAGGUAACUGAAAUGAAGCAACGGGAGUCUCUGGGUCAGCUCUUUAAAUCCAACAAGAAGACUAAAAGAAAGCAUGCCAACACCCAUGUUCUUACCGAUGCACAGAAAACUAUGAAGACUGACAAGUCAUUAGGGGUGCAGGGUGUCACAGGGGUCUGUAAGGUGGUGAAAGGGCCAUCCCUUGACACUGUGCUGACCAACCUAGCCAAGAUCAAUAACAGCAGGGAGAGAGCCAGGAAGCUUUUUGAAUGGUUGAUCCACCCCAUACCUCCAAAGGCCUUCUUCAGAGAGACAUGGGAGAAGAAACCUAUUUUAAUCAAGCGGCAAAAUCAAGAAUAUUACAAUGGGCUGUUUUCCACAGGAGAGUUUGACAGGAUUUUGAGAGAUGAUGAAGUUCAAUUUGGGGUGAACCUGGAUGUCACAAGUUACUCUAAUGGAAAACGGGAGACCCACAAUCCCCCUGGAAGAGCCUUGCCCUUCAAGGUUUGGGACUUUUACGAGCGUGGCUGCUCAUUGCGAAUGCUGAAUCCUCAGGCCUUCUCCUCCACAGUCUGGAAUGUGCUGUCCAUCCUUCAGGAGCAAUUCAACAGCAUGGUCGGGGCCAAUGUGUACUUAACACCUGCUGGAACACAGGGCUUUGCUCCCCAUUAUGAUGACAUUGAAGCCUUUUUGGUCCAACUGGAAGGGAAGAAGCACUGGAGGGUGUAUAACCCCAGAUCAGACAAUGAAGUCCUGCCUGUGGUCUCCAGCCCAAAUUUCAGCCAGUCUGAGAUUGGAGAGCAAGUGCUGGACAUUGUCCUGGAGGCUGGAGAUCUACUCUACUUUCCCCGCGGAUUCAUCCAUCAGGCCAACUGCCUCCCCGAUGACCAUUCCCUUCACAUAACCAUCUCCUCCUACCAGAGGAACAGUUGGGGAGACCUUUUGCAGAAGGUAGUGCCUGUAGCCCUGGAGAUGGCAAUGGAGGAGGAUGUGGAAUUCAGACGAGGGCUGCCCACAGAUUAUCUGACCUACAUGGGCGUUCAGAACUCUGACAAGGAAGAUCCACGGAGGAGCAUGUUCACGGCGCAGGUGAAGGACUUGGUGAGGAGGCUGGCAGAUUUUGCUCCGAUAGAUGCUGCUGUAGACCAUAAGGCCAAGGACUUCAUGUACGACUGCCUUCCUCCCUUGCUUACUCCAGAGGAAAAGGCCAGCAGUGUGCAGGGAGUUCUUGCCCGGUGGGAGAACGGAGGGACCAAAGACACCACCAUCCAUUUGAAGGAGCACACCAAAAUUUGUCUAAUCCGAGGUGGGGUCGCAAGGUUAACCAGUGGUAUAUUUCUGCCAUUGGGUCAGUGCAGAAUGGCAAUAGUUCUAGUGAUUAUACACUUUCUACAUAAACGGCACCAGUGAUUCACAGUCAGCCAUGUUUUGCUUACAGGUCGGAAGUUGUACAUUUCAAAUGGGAAUGGAAUGCAGCAUAAAUGCGGCAAGCUUCAUUAUUUGACAAUUUCACAGUUUAAGAUGCUUUUCAUACAUUCGUUGAAGGACAUCAUUUUUAUUUAUUUAUUAAUGAUAAUACUUCGCUAUGACAUGAUAGUUAUGAAUUGAUUAGUAUUUAUAGGAAUCUGUGCAGAAAGGCACCAAAGCAAUGCAGAAAGUCUAUUGAUGCUUUCUAUUAAUGCUAUUGAUGCUUAACUGCAUAACUUACAAUAUCAAUAUUAAAAUGGCAAAAAAUAGC